AUGGCGGGCGGCUCCGAACCUUUUCCGCCGCUCAGCGCGGCAGCCGAUCGCCAGUUCCAGUCUCAGUCAACAGCCACGGAUACCAGCGCGCCCCGCCGGCGCAGAAAGUCGAGCAUCCUGGGAAGUGAAUUGCGCCUGGGUGACACAGGAGCGCCCUCGCUCGCCACAGGCAUUGCCCACCUAAGCGGCUCUUCAAAGGAACCAGCAUUGAGUCCCGCGACCCCAUCGAAGCGCUUCUCCAAGCGCAGGAAAGCCCGCUCUGCCCUGCACCGCGCAAAGAGCAUCAUUGUCAAGCACACCUGGGUGUUACCUCUAGUCAUCAUCUUCGUCUUCCUCGCUCUCUAUGCCAUCAACCCGACCGAGUCGAACCCGAUCCACCACUUCAUCUUCCUCUCGUACAAGCUGCCACUCACGGACGCCGAUGAAUACCAGCAGUAUGGCAAGGGCCGCUGGGACAUCGCUUUCGUCGCCUUCUACACCGUCGUCCUCUCUUUUACCCGCGAGUUCAUCAUGCAAGAGGUCCUGCGCCCCAUGGCCCGUCGUGCAGGCCUCCGAUCGCGCGGCAAGCAGGCCCGCUACAUGGAACAGAUGUAUACGGCCCUCUACUUUGGCUUGCUGGGUCCCACGGGCAUGUACGUCAUGAGCCGCACGCCCGUGUGGUACUUCAACACGCGCGCCAUGUACGAGGCUUUCCCCCACAAGACCCACGACGCCCUCUUCAAGUUCUACUAUCUCUUCCAGGCGGCCUACUGGGCCCAGCAAGCCAUUGUGCUGCUCCUGGGAAUGGAGAAGCCCCGCAAAGACUUCAAGGAGCUCGUCGGUCACCACAUUGUCAGCCUGGCUCUCAUCGGGCUCAGCUACCGUUUCCAUUUUACCUACAUGGGCCUGGCUGUUUACAUUACCCACGACAUCUCUGACUUCUUCCUGGCCACCUCCAAAACCCUCAACUACCUGGACCACUGGCUAACCGGCCCCUACUACUUCACCUUCAUGUGCGCCUGGGUCUACCUGCGCCACUACCUCAACCUGCGCAUCCUCAUCAGCCUCUUCACCGAGUUCAAGACGGUCGGCCCCUACGAGCUGAACUGGGAGACCCAGCAGUAUAAAUGCACCCUCUCCUUCGUCAUCACCCUCGGCCUUCUCAGCUCCCUGCAGGCCCUCAACCUCUUCUGGCUCUUCUUCAUCCUGCGUAUCGCCUACCGCUUCGCCGUCCACAAUGUCGCCAAGGAUGACCGCAGCGAUGUCGACGAGUCAGAGCUCGAGGAGAUCACGACCGAUAGCAGCAGCGCGACUACUGCCGCCAUUGCUAACGGUAAUGGGCAUGCGAUCACCAACGGGGUGGCCAAGGAGAAGGGGGCCUACGCGUCUGCUGUCGCCAACGGGACGGCGACCGCCAAUGGCGCCACGACGAAGAGGAGCAGGUAA